AUGCAUAUCGAGAAUGUGCUUUGUAUAAUAAAUCCAUCAAAUCACAAAUAGAUCGAGAAAACAAAAUAUUUAAUCGAGAUUACUCUAAAGAAGGGUAAGUGCUUUUUAAAAUAAUGUAUUUAUCGUUUUAGCAAGGAGAACCGUAAGUUUCAAAAUCUAUUUGAAGGACUUGAUAAUUCCAAGCCAUUUGAUUUUGACUUUCUCAAAAAGUAGACUUUUAAGGAUAUUUUCUCAAUAAAAAACAAAAGAGCUGAGAGUAUAAAAAAGACUCUACAUUAUUCUAAUUAUUCCAAGUAGGAUCACAACAUUAUUUCACAUGAGGAGCCUUUACAAUUUUACAACGAAUUCCAAAAUAACCUAAUACAGUACGAUUAAGUUAAACCACCUCCUUUUGAUCUGUAAUAGAGCUUAAAAGAUGCAAAAAAGAGAUAAAAAGCUACUCUUGAUAAAUAGUGCAAGAAAUAUAUAAUAAAAAAUAUAAGAACCUGCACUGAAUUUGGUAGAACAUAACGAGAUAAAGUUCGCAAAAAUCAGCUUAAAAAGAAUAGAAAUAUGACAAUUAGCAUUGAUGAUCCCUAUAAUCUUAGCAAGGGGCAAUCAAUAUAUGAUAAUUACUUAAGUGGGGAUAAUUUAAAUCAAAACUCUAAUUAAAACACUCCUGGGAAUCUUAGACAUCGAAGACUAUAAUUAAUUCACAGACAAAAACUCAACUAAACAACAAUCAAGUCUUAAUUGAACAAAUUCGGGGCAUCACCUAUGGUAAUAUAUCAUGAGCCUAUUAUUGCACCCAAUACUCAAGUCAACAGCCUUGAAAGACCAAAGACUGGAAUUUUGCUUAACGAAUAAAGAUAAACUUCUCAUUCUCAAAAUAGAAACUUAGACGAGUCUUCUAAUAAUCUUAUUUUCUUAAAGAGGAAUAUUUAGACAUAAGAGUCUUAAAGAAGGCCUUUGUAAAAGGAGAAUAGUAGUAGCUUUACUUAAAAUGAAAUAUAAUAAUUCAGUUAGCAAUAGAGAUUUCGUCAAAAUAUGAGAAAUACUUCUCCAAUGAGAGUGAUAUAAAAAAGAGAUUUUAACACUCUUCAAGGUCCUGAAUAUAAUAAAACGCCAGUCAAUGGCCCAAUGAUUUUAAAAAGUGAGUUAAUAAGUCCAUCACGUCCAUCUUUAGUUGCAAUCGGUGUUGAUAAUGACUACAACGAUAAGUAUUCUACUCUCUCACAAGCAGAUUAAAUGAGAAAAAGAUCUUUAUCAAGUUAUUGUAAAAAGAGAGAUUUAGCUCAAAAUCUAAAAUAAUAAAAAGAUAUCAGGCCUAAUUAUACAGUAAAAGCAUUAAAUAAUUCAAGGAAAUAAUCGAUUGAGACUGAUUCAUAAGUUAUUAGUGAAAAGGCUAGUCGUGCUUACCUGCCAGAGGAUUAGAAUGCAUUGAAACGAAUCAAAAAUUUGGAGAAAUACAUGAGCAAGAAAGUAAAAAGUAAGGAUGAUGCGGUAGGAUACGCUAUGGGGUAUCUCGAAAAGCUGGCAAAACUUAAUAAUAACCAAGAAGGAGUAGAUACUAGCAGCUUAAUUAAAAAUGGGUAACUUUUAGGAGAGUAUCAAUGGAAUAAAGGUGCUGAAGAUGCGAAAGGGCUCAAUGAGGCUUUUAAAUUAUAUGAUCUAGAUGGAACGAUGGCUGGUGUGAAUACUCCAUUGAUGAAUUCUAUAGAUUUUGCAGACCUGAGAGAUGAGGAAAAACUUAUCCAUCAAGUACUGUUUGAUCGAAAGAGAUCUGAUAAAGCAAUCCUUAUAAUGGAUGACUCCUAAUAGCAGCAAGGAGAAAAUAUAGUUAAUAUAAGCAAGGCUAAUUUCAUUGAACGCUAAUUAAAUGAAGAAAGAACCAAAAGAAGGGAAUUAGAGACGGCAUUACAAAGACUCGGUGCAAAGAUUAGAGAUUUAACUAAGAAAAAUACUGUAGACUGA